AUGUGUUUUUCUUGUUUAAGACCUCAACUACCAGAUUAUGAACCUAAUGAUGUUAUACUUGACGCGGCAAAAUUAGGACAGAAAAAAUAUAUUCGUGGAACGCUAAUUCCUCUCAUACGCAAUACGCUUUCAGGUUGGGAAGAUAUCACCAAAGAAUCUCAUAUUGAUAUCGAAAGAGUAAGCGGUGCUCUUACUAAUUUCGUAUUUUUUAUCACAAAGAAAUUACAAAAUGGUAACCUUCAAAAAGUUCAAAAAGUGGUAUUGCGAAUAUAUGGUAAUGGCGUUGAUCAGCUAUUUGAUCGUGAAAAAGAAUUACGUUGUUUAGAAAUGUUGUCAAUUGUUGAAUUUGGUCCCCAAUUAUUAUCCACCUUCUCAAAUGGAAGGUUUGAACAAUUCUUAGACAGCACCACUUUAAAUUCUGAUGAAAUACACUUCCCUGAAGUUUCACGUCAAAUAGCAUACCGCUUACGUUCCCUUCAUAAUAUUGUGAACAUUUUCCCACCUAAAAAAGACACUAUUCCAGAAGUCUGGAUCAAUGUGGAUAAAUGGUUUCCUUUAAUAGACAAAAUAAGUUAUGAACAACAAAUAAAAUUGAACUUAAAGGAUUUGGAUAAUGAAAUUCGAGAAUUAAAAUCAAUGCUUUCUAAACUUGAUUCACCAAUUGUUUUUGCGCACAAUGAUACUCAAUACGGGAAUAUUCUACGACUCGACGAUGGAUCUAAUCAAUUGGUGGUCGUAGAUUUCGAAUAUUCCGGAUAUAAUUACCGAGGAUUUGAUCUUGCCAACCACUUUUGUGAUCAUGUAAUGUGGGGUCUUUGGGGAAUAAUCCAAUCAUUUCAAUCUGACAUCGAUUUCGAUUAUUUCGCAUACGGUGCCGAGAGAUUACAAAUGUUCCGAGACUCCAAAGACAAGAUUUAUAAUUCGAUAAACAAUCAUUUUCAUGAUCAAGUACAUGAAUAG